CAAGAAGAAGAAGAAGAAGAAGCAGAAGAAGAAGAAGAAGAAGAAGAAGAAGAAGAGGGAGAAGGAGCCUGAAGGAGUUUGGACCCUGACAGCCUCACUGAGUGGAGAUAUACUGAGUUUUGGAGCAGCGAUGGUUUGCGGCGGAUUUGUUUGCACUAAGAACUCCCUCUGCGCUCUCAACAUACUUUAUGUUUUGGUGAGUCUGCUGCUGAUGGGCGUGGCGGCCUGGGGGAAAUGGUUCGGCCUGGUCUCCAGCAUCAGGGUGGUGGCGGGGGUCAUCGGCGUGGGCGCGUUCCUGUUCCUGGUCGCCAUCGUGGGGCUGUGCGGCGCCCUGAAGCACCACCAGGUCCUGCUCUUCUUCUACAUGAUGAUCCUGUUCGCAGUGUUCGUCGUGCAGUUUUCUGUGUCCUGUGCCUGUCUGGCCCUGAAUAAAGACCAACAGAACCUCCUGCUGGAGGUCGGCUGGAACAAAUCCGAGGACACUCAAAAAGACGUGGAGAAAACACUCGACUGCUGCGGCUUCUCUUACGUCAACUACAACGGCUCGUGUCCCGCUAGAUGCUUUCAUGACACCCUCUCACCGUCGUGUAACUCGUGCUCCAACAUCAUCCAGCAGUACACGGGCGAGGUGCUGCGGUUCGUUGGGGGAAUCGGACUCUUCUUCAGCUUUACAGAGAUCCUUGGAGUUUGGCUCGCACACAGAUACAGAAACAUCAAAGAUCCUCGAUCGAAUCCUGGAGCCUUCCUAUAACCACUUAAUAAAUCCAGCGCUGAAUAAUUAUUUUCCUGUUUGGUGACUCGCACAGUUCUGGACAUUUUUGUAAGAUUUAUAGGGAGACUGGAGUUGUAAUUAUUCAGCAGAUGUUACAAAGGAUCAUUUGGUGUUAAAAGUAACUCAAGUAGAGAAAAGUCAGCAAACUGUCACAGUAAUGCCAGCCAGCUUCUAUCUAAAGCUGGCUCACAGCUAACAUUUGUUAGCAUUAGCCUCGGGUUGUUGCCCAUUUAUAUAUGCUGUUUGAAUGUAUUUGAAUUGAGCGAAGGUAGAUUUUACUGCUUGUGAAUUCAGCUUUUGUGUGGUGAGGAAAAAAAAGAUGUAAUUUCAUUUUUCAAAGUCAGUUUUGCAGCUUACUUAAUUUGAUUUAUAUAAUGUGAUCUUUGCUGUUGUGAACUUGUACUUUUUCUUUAAAGGAACAGUUUGACAUUUAGAGAAAUAAUCGUAUUCACAUUCUUGGCCAGAGUUAGAUAGGAAGAUAUCGAUCACUCUCCUGUGUAUACAGUAAAGUUGGAGCUACAGCUAGCAGCCCGUUAGCUUAGAUUAGCAUAAAGUCUUGAAGCAGGGAGAAUGAGCUAUCCUGUCUGUCUGAAGAUAACAAUUUCAGCCCUACUAGCACCUCUAACACUUACAAAUUAUGUGCCACAUAUUAGCCAUCUGUAGCGACCUCCUCAGUACAGUUCGACAAGAUAUUACAUGUUGAUUAUUUAGCUAAGCUUUAGGUGGAUUUUGUAACUUUUGGACAGAGUCGAGCCAGCUGUUUCCUGCUUUCAGUCUUGAUGCUAAGCUAAGCUAAGCUAACUGGCUGCUUGUGGUUACCUGGUAUUUAUCCUCUGGUCUGACUCUCGACAAGAAAAACAAACUCAAUUCCCAAAGUGUCAAACUAUUUCUCUGCGUGAAACCGGAUACAUAUAAAACCUGCUGGUAGUUAUUGUCUCUUUAAUUCUAAUCUGUUUAAAUGUGUUUGGCGUCAGCAGCAGCUGUGUGCGCUCAGCAUACACACACCUUAUGCAAAUAAAGGUUAGAUUAGCACCAUAAUGGCUGGAUGGCUGUAUUCACCACUCCCAGAGAUUCAUGGGUGACCAUUUAGGUGUCAGAUGUCAUUAGAGCAGGAAAGAUUAAGAUCAAGUUAUAAAGUUGACAAACCAGGUCUGUUUUUGCUUUGCAUGUGUAUUUAUUGCUCUUUGUUUCACAUUAAAUCACAUGUGGAUAUUAUAAACUCAUCAUAAAUCAUGCUUCGUUA